AUGGAUUCACCGAUACGACAAUAUUACGGUAACCGGUCGGUACUCGUUACGGGUGGGACCGGAUUUAUCGGCAAAGUUUUGUGCGAGAAAUUGAUCCGAUCGUGUCCUGAGAUCGACACCAUAUAUGUGUUGUUGCGGCCAAAGCCAAACAAAACAGCUCAGCAGCGGUUAAUCGAUGAGAUACUACUGUCCAAAGCGUUUACCAUUAAUAAUAAUGGCUCGAAAUCGGACAAACUAGUGGCCAUCAGUGGCGACGUCAGCGAACCUGGACUCGGACUGUCCGAUGAGGACAGAGAUCGACUUAUAUCUAAUGUGUCGGUAGUGUUUCAUUCGGCAGCUUCGGUCAAAUUUCACGGCCCGAUCAACGAUUUUAUUGUACAAAAUGUUUACGGAACUCAAGGAGUAAUGCAAUUGUGCGAUAAAAUGACUAAACUUGAGGCACUGAUAUAUGUGUCCACUGCUUACGCCAAUUGUAGCCUAAAAGAGAUCAAAGAGCGUAUAUAUCCGUUGAAACAAACUUCAUCGGAAACAAUACUCAAAGUCAAUACUAUUGGCAAUGCUAUCGGUUUUGAUACCGAAUCCCAGGCCAUGCAAGAGCUGAUGGAGGGUCGGCCCAAUUCGUAUACAUUUAGCAAAGCGAUUGCCGAAAAUCUGGUCACCGAAAAGUUUUCGCAUUUACCACUUGUUAUCGUUCGGCCAUCGAUUGUUACGCCGGCCGCCAAAGAGCCCGCACCAGGAUGGGUAGAUAAUAUCAAUGGUGUCGCAGGUGCACUACUGUUAGGCGCACUGGGAAUUGCUCGCACUAUGGACAUUAAUUGUGAAGCAAAAGCUGAUUUAAUUCCUGUUGACAUCAUAUGCAACGCCCUGAUUGUGAUUGGAUGGCAUACGGGCACUACCAGUGCGUCAGAUCGGAAACAAGUCAUACAUGUGACCAGCGGUUCGGUAAACCCGGUCACUUGGGGCCGAUUUUUGAAUUAUUCACGACUCGCGGCCCAAAAGGCUCCGUCCAUCCGAAUGGUCAGACCUUUGGCCAACAAUCCAACUCAUUGGCGACGGGGAACACUCGGCAAACUUGGUCACGCAAAUCAUGUCAUUACAAAAUUUGUUUCGCACAUAUUGUUUGCCUAUUUUGUCGAUGCCCUGUUGACACUACUGGGCUAUAAGCGAGUAAUGGCCAAAGUGACCAGUCGGAUGCACCGGGCGUUUGAAGUAUUGGAACAUUUUACCAAUAAGGAGUGGGUGUUCGACAAUCGCAACUACUUUGACAUCUAUGACCGACUGUCCGAUGACGACCAACAGCUUUACUCGUCCGAUGUUCGCCGACUAGAUUGGAAAGACUAUGCCUGGAACCUGUAUUUCGGGACCCGAAGGUAUCUACUCAAAGAGGACGACAGCAACAUUGAAAAAGCCCAGAAACGACUCAAUUAUAUAACAGUGUUUUAUAAUAUAUUUUUGGUUACACUUUGGGCACUAUUACUAUUUAUGGUGUAUCGUAUUUACUGUAUUAUUGUUUAA